UAACGAAAUGGCCUCAUCUCAGCAUGUUGCUGGCGACGUCCAGCACUGUUCUCCCGACGAGACCAUCAAGUGAGAAAUAAUCACGGAAGGUAACAGACGAAGGGAAAGAAACAUAAAAUAAACCGAAAAAAAAAUACACACUGUAGACAAACUUAUACAAAAAAGAGAUACAACAUGACGACAUACAUAACACUAAGUUAAAAUAAAAUGCUGAUCUGAUGACGGGGACAGGAGGUGGCCAAUGACCAUGGUAUCUCUGUGUAAGAACAACGCAACCUAAUUUUGAUUGGGGUCGGGGUUUUUAGAAUUAUCUCGAUGAGUAUUAGUUGCCUGUGGGAAGAAAAAUAUAGUCAGCGAUAAAAGCUUGUACCAUAUACUUUUGCCAAAACCUUAUUUGCAGAUAAAAACAACACAAAAUUAUUACAAUAUUUUAUUGUUUAAAUGAUUGCCUGUAAUAGAUGCAGGUUUUGUUUAAUCGAUUCGAUUUAACACCACGCGACUCUCGUCCCUACACUGCAGGAAACGAGAGAUGUAGCUGAUAAUUGCUUCGAUAAAAUAAGUGACAAAUGGAACGCCACAGUUGUCAAUGCUACAGCAAGGAAAAUGAGACUGAUUUCUCAAGUUUUGAACUGCAAUUUGCAUCAGCAGCAACUGCAAUCACAAUCAGAAAUGGUCCUGCUAAGUGUAGUGGCGGCCGAGCCUGAGCCAGUUGACUAUGACACUGCGUACCCUGAUGGAUUAUGCGGCUGCAUACCCGACCACACGUUCUGCGCCAACGACAUGAAGACCUACACCAGCGUGUGCCAGUACGGGUGCAAGCACCCCGGCGUGGACGACUGGUACAUUCUGUACGACGGACCGUGUGCUGUUCAGGGUUAAACAAAUGUUUUUACGUAAUGACGUAUAUCGGUUAGAUCUACCAAGAUUGCAAUAAAAUUUUAAAACUU